UACCGAAAGAACCAAAGUCUGGACCCCAACUGCUUGUGUCAAUAAACCGAAUGACGUAAUUUGUGUGUGACGACGUUUCGCGUGUGACGUUAUUACUCCCCCACCACCUCCUACGUCUUCAACUGGCGCGGAAGUCGCUUGCUGGCCAACGAUAUGGCAUUCAAACCAGCCUUGGCUGUCUUACUUCUCACCGUCGGCUACGUCAGCGGUUUUGGCAAUGACCGCUUGCUGCUGCGGGACGUCUCGGCGCUGACUCUGCACACCGGCAAGAUGACAGCCGGCCGGCGCUCCGCCGCCGUGCCUCAGCUGCGCUGCGUGGGUGGCUGCUCAUCGUUCACGCCAGACGUGGUGCAGUGCCUUAACCGUGGCCACGAUGGCGUCGACGUGCAGUGGGAGUGCAAGGCGGACAUGGGCAGCUCGUACCGUUUUGGCAGCAUUUCCGUGAGCUGCGAGGGCUACGACUACCCAGACGACCCGUAUGUGCUGCGGGGUUCAUGCGGCCUCGAGUACUCGCUGGUGGGCGGUGGCGGCGGCGCGGGAACUGGAGGCUGGAGGUCCAACAACCCCUUGCCCGACGGCAAGGGCAAUGGUUCGGGGGUGUUGAUCAUCCUGGUCCUGAUAGGAGUCGCUUUUGGGGUCUACAAGUUAUUCCUGAGCGGUGGUGGCACUGGAGGGCAAGACGUUCCGUACCCGCCCGCCGAUGAUGUGCACCAGCAGCACGCGUCUGGGCUUGGUACCGGUCCUGCAUACCCACCACCACCGCCACCCUACUCCUUCAAGAACCAGAACCCCAGCUCAGGCUACCCGGCAGGGUCAUCACCGCCACCGUCGUACGGCUGGGCCGCGCCGGGAGAGCCGCGCAUGCGCCGCCCGCCAGGCGCGGAACAAGCGGCCACGGGCCCCGGGUUCUGGUCGGGGAUGGGCGCGGGAGGCCUCAUGGGAUACCUGCUGGGCAGCCGCAAUUCGGGCCCGACGUACCACCAUCAGACGGCGCAUAACCCGUCGUGGUUUGGGAGCAGUAGCAGCAGCAGCAACUCUCGCAGCGUACCCAACUUCAGUGGCGGAGGUGGCACGCGCACCGCAUCGGGUUUUGGAGGCACGACCCGUCGCUGAUUCCUCCCUGCUCACCACCGGAUCUUUGAUGCAGCGCACAUGAGUGGAGUGAUAAGUCCGACGUCUGACUGAAGCAUGCUUUAUUAUUUUCUCUGUGUGGCGCAUGGAAGCUUAGAUCAACAGCAACCAUCGCUCGGCAACUACUGAUGAUACGUGCUACCAUGGAAACCAGAAUUGGCUCUCAUUGUUAAUCCUAGAAUGCAGCUCUGGGUCAGAUAUUCAUCUUUGGUAUCCAUCUUACAGGCUCCUGCAUAACCUCAUACAAAACAUUUAGCAUCUUAAUACAUACAGGAACAGUAAGUCUUUUGUGGAAAAUAUACAUUAUUGCUUGUUUUAGGGUCUUCUCGACAAGACCAGGGGUUGCAUCCUUAUGUUUGCUUUUUCUUCCCAAUCACAUUCCAUCUGUUCUAUUUCAAGUCGUAAGAUUAAUUUAAUUUUUUUUGCAACUCAGCAGUGUAACAUCACCCCAUGAUGAAUAGAAUUAACCUCUGGAAGUUGUCACAUAACUAUUUCUGAAGUUCCUUCAUUCACCUCUUAUCCUCACUAUCUAGUGUACAUGCUCUGCAAUAGAUGUUUGUCAUGUGACAAUCCAUUUGGGUUUUUUUAGGCAGAGCUGCUGUAAGCCAAAGCAAUGUUUUUGUGGCCAUUGGUUAACUUUACGCUUUAGAAACCAGCUUCCCCAGAAUUUCUGUGGCCUCAACUCAGUGCCCUGACUAGUCACCAAACCACUUUUACUUCUUGGCAACGUCUGGGUGGUCACAAGCCAGAACCAAAUACCGGAUGGUGUGGUUUUGGCCGAUUUAGAAAAUUCCAUUGAGUCAACAUAUCUCUUGUGUGACCACAUGAUCGCAAAAUGACCAUAAAAUCCAGUUUAGAAAUGUGAUGAGAAUGUCUUAAGCUACAAAUGAUUUGUUAGUUUUUAAAGUGAUAUUUGUAAAUGAUAGAUUUUCUGUAAAUGUGAUUUAAAUAUAACGCGUCGUUGAAAACGUAUCUACUGAUGCACGCCAAAUGUGUUGUCGGUGACUUUGUAUGGCUAUAUGGGUUUGUGUUGUCAUAUGUCCUGUCCAUGUAUUAAAAACAAUGACUUGGUAA